AAGCCCGUCCUGAGCUCCUGACUGCCCGCGGCAGCUGCACGUCCGACGUCUUGACCAAACGCCUGUGCCUGCUGGCCUGCCUUGCUCAGCCCGACCUUGAACUUGUCUAGCAUGGACAUGAUGACGAGGUCGCUGCUGUCUCUGCUGCGUGGAACCUUGUGAUGCAGUCGGUGCCCUGCCUGCCCUUGGCGAUGUCGUGACGAGCCUGACGAGGAACGCGCUCGACGAGCUCGACACGGCCGACAGGGACGAAGAGAGGACGGCUCGACGAGCUUGACUUGGCCAACAAGAUGUUCAAAAAGUUCACGCCAAAGGAGGACAUUGCGACCUCGACGAAAGUGAAAUCAUCAGUCCAGAGGAACAUCAGAGCCAAGCUACUCGAGCAAAUGCCACACCUCGGAGACGCCGUGGCACCCAAAGAAGGCUCAGACCAAGAGCGCAUACUUCUAGAGGAGCUAUGGCCGAAGAAAGACGACCUUACGCUUGUCAAAUGUCGGGAGCACGUCUCCCUGCUCGUCAAGGACGGAGAACCGCUCUUCUUCCAACACUUUGAUGGGCCGUACUAUCCCACGCUCAAGCUACUGCACCGGUAUCCACAGAUCCUACCGAGGGUGCAAGUCGACAGAGGGGCUAUCAAGUUUGUCCUUGCAGGUGCCAACAUCAUGUGCCCGGGACUGACCUCCAAAGGCGCUUCAUUACCGGACAGCAUACCAGCAGACAGAGCGGUCGGUAUAUUCGCUCAAGGCAAGGAGCAUGCGUGCGCGAUAGGUCUGAUGAAGAUGUCGACCGAUGAGAUCAGAUCGAUCAAUAAAGGCCAUGGCAUAGAAUCAGUACACUACUUGGCUGAUGAUCUCUGGUCCGUCUCGACCCUAUAGUAGUGCCCGAAACAGCAUGCAAUGAUGUUGUAUCAAUACGAUCGCAUGCCGCUCUGCGAGCUGCCGUAUCGCAUAGCGCCCCGUCCUUUGUAGCGUACGCCAGAAGC